GGGGACAGGCUUAUGCUGAACUGGAUGUUCCUGAACCACUGCUGUUGACAGCAGUGAGGCAUCAACAACAUUUGCCCCUUCUUGAAAGCAAAGAGCAACACACAGAUCCAAAGGCUUCCUGUGCACAUCCUUUUGUAAUCAGAGCCUAAAACAAGCCCAGCCGUCCUCACUCUCUACAGGAUUCCCAAUGGUGGACAGUACACAUCUCUAGAAAACGGCAGCCACGGGAGAUAACAAGCAUCUGGAACCUCCAACCAGUUACACUGCUGGAGACCAUGGAGCUAAACUAUACCAUGUUUGUGAUUAUCUUACAAAUACUGAUUGUUCCUUUUGCCCUGCUGUUCGCUUGGGCAAUUUAUUUAGACCUCUCCAGGUCUGAGAUUCCUCCUGGCAUUGACCAGCCAAUGAAGCUCCGCAUUCUUCACUGGCUCAUGAUCCUUUCAUCUGCUCUGGGGAAGAUUCUAGAGAAUCUGUGCCUUUGCUCUGAGAUUCACUUCAUCCGUUUCACCCAAGAAGGGAAAAAAAGGGGGGAGGACCCCAAGCUGAACAUUAAGGAUCUCACAUUUGAUGGCAUCCCAGUAAGGGUUUACCAGCCACGAGACGCAAGAGAAACAAGGAGAGGAGUCCUCUACUUCCACGGAGGAGGCUGGAUGUUUGGCAGCAUCAAUUCCUACGAUCAUGUUUGCCGUUACAUUGCCAAAGAAAGCGAUUCGGUGAUUGUUUCUGUUGGGUAUAAUUUGGCACCUGAGCAGAAAUAUCCAUCCCAGUUUAAGGACUGCCUGACUGCCAGCAUACAUUUUAUGAAAUCUGCAAAAGAUUAUGGGGUGGAUCCUGCUCGCAUCAUAAUCAGCGGGGACAGUGUUGGAGGCAAUUUGGCUGCCUCUGUUUGUCAAGCUUUAGUGACCAGACCAGAUGUCACACGGCCACUCGGUCAGAUUUUGAUCUAUCCUGGCCUCCAAGCGCUAGACUUCAACCUGCCUUCAUACCAACAAAACCGGGCUGUCCCCAUCUUAUACCGGGAGCAUGUUGUCUGCACUGCCUUGCGGUAUCUCAAUAAGGACUUGUCAGUAUUAGAAAGCGUUGUGAAGGGCUGCCAUGUUCCCAGCGACAUAAAAACAAGAUUUGGGAAAUGGAUCAGCUCAGAAAAAAUCCCAGAUGAAUUUAAGGUCAGAGGCUACCAGCCAUAUUCGACCUCGUCCUUUGCAGACAAUAUCUACGAAGUGGUGAAGCAAGCUUUGGAAACAACAUUUUCUCCACUGAUGGCAGAAGAAGAUGUUGUCAACCAACUUCCCAAGACGUGCAUUAUAACUUGUGAGUAUGAUGUUCUACGGGACGAUGGCAUCCUGUAUAAGCAACGGCUGGAAGACAAUGGUGUGCCCGUCACUUGGUACCACAUUGAAGAUGGAUUCCAUGGGGUGAUAAGCCUGUUUGACGGAUUACUGUCAUUUCCUUCUGGCAAAAAGGGGGUGGACAGCAUUGUAGCAUUUCUAAAAGGUUUAUGAACAUGUUUUUUAAAAAAUAAAAUAGCAAAUAAAUUAAUAAAUAAUAAUAAAAAAAUCUAGAUUUGUAUCUCUGACCACUU